CCGGCGGGCGGGCGCGAGCCAUGGCGGCGCUGCUGCAGGGGCUCUGGGCGGAGGCGCGCGGCCCCGCGGCGUCGCUGGCGCUGCUGCUGGCGGCCGUGCUGCUGGCGGGGCUGGCGCGCGCGGCGGCCGGGCGGCUGCGGCCCCGGGCCCGCGCCCUGGCGCUGGAGCUGCUGGGCACCUGGCAGCUGUGCUGCUGCACGCACGAGCUGCAGCUGCUGAGCGCGCCGGAGCCCGCGCGCCCGUCCUGGGCGCCCGCGCUGCUCUACCUGCUGGCGCUGGUGCACGGGCUCACGCUGGCGGGCGCCGCGGCCAACCCGUGCGUCCUGCUCCUGCAGCUGCUGCGGGGCGGCCUGGGCCCCGGCGCCGGCGCCCUGCGGCUGGCGGCGCAGCUGGCGGGCGCCCUGGGCAGCCGGCUCUGCGUGAGCGCCGCCUGGGGCCUGGGCCCCUCCGAGCCCCACCUCGCCGCCCGCGCCCUGCCCUGCCGCGGGCCCCUGCGCGCCGCGCUGCCCCAGGCGGUCGCCACCGAGGCCGCCUGCGCCUUCCUCUUCCACAGCGCGCUGCUGCACAGCCAGGAGGUGCGCGGCCCGCUGCGCCUGCACCUGCUGGCCGCCCUCACCACCUUCCUGGCGCACGCAGGAGGAAGUUUAACUGGCGCUCUAUAUAAUCCAGCUUUGGCACUUUCCCUUCAUCUCAAGUGUUUUGUUGAAGAUUUCCAUCAAUUUUUUGUAGUAUAUUGCCUGGGUCCUUCUUUAGGUAUAUUGUUGAUGGUUUUAAUGUUCAACUUUUUCCUUCCAUGGCUGCAUAACAACAGUACAGCCAACAAAAAUGAGUAACUACUCCAAAAGCCUUAAACUCAGUUACGGGAUGAUCAAGUUGGAGAUGAUAAAGACUUUAUCACCUCGUCUUCUAAACACUGGUUGCACUGGACUCAUCAACGUUCUAACUUCCUUUGAGGAAGCCGUCUUAUUCAAGUUUUUAAUCACUGGGACUUACAAAGAUUACUAUGAAAGUGAGAUGCCCUGUAUUUCUCCCUGUAUUUAAGUGAUGUAUUAAAUGCUGCUAGAAAAGACUCAUUCAUUAAACUUCAUGUAAAUCCC